AUGGCGUCCAAUGGAAAGAGAACAUUGGUGGUGAUUCUGUGCUCUGUGCUGCUGGCUGCCGGCGUGGCCCGCGGCGGCAACUUCUACCAGGACGUGGACAUCACGUUUGGCGAUUGGCGCGCGAAGAUCCUCGGCGGCGGCGACCUCAUGACGCUGACCAUGGACAAGGCCUCCGGCUCCGGGUUCCAGUCCAAGAACCAGUACCUGUUCGGCCGCUGGGACAUGAAGAUGAAGCUCAUCCCCGGCAACUCCGCCGGCACCGUCGCCAGUUUCUACCUUUCGUCGCCGCCGCAGGGGCCGCACCACGACGAGAUCGACUUCGAAUUCCUGGGGAACCUGAACGGCAAGCCCUACACCGUGCAGACCAACAUCUUCAGCCAGGGGGUGGGCGGCCGGGAGCAGCAGUUCCGCAUGUGGUUCGAUCCAACCAAGGACUUCCACACAUACACCAUCGUCUGGAACCCCAUCAACAUCAUGUUCUACGUUGACGGGACGCCGAUUCGGGAGUACCGGAACCGGCAGGCGGACACAGGGGUGCCGUUCCUGACGCAGCAGCCGAUGCGGGUGUACGCGAGCCUCUGGAACGGGGAGGCAUGGGCGACCGGCGGCGGGAGCAUAAAGACUAACUGGACAUGGGCGCCGUUCGUGGCGUCGUACAAGGGGUACACGGCUACCGGGUGUGUGUCGUCGCAGGACCCGGCGGCGUGUGCUAGUUCCACUGGCGCGUGGAUGCACCAGCAGCUGGACACCGCGGAGCAGGCCCGCCUCCGGCAGGUGCAGAAGAAUUACAUGAUCGCCAACUACUGCACCGAUCCCUGGAGGAAGUACCCGAGGCCCGACUGCAAGUACUAG